UGUUUAACUUUGCACUGUACAGUAGACUGAAAAGCCAUGAUACUGACGCUGUCCACUCGGGCUGGUGACUUCUAUGAUCGGGCCCAACUGGCAAAGAACUGGCAUGCGGUGCACAAAGCUGCAGACGCAGAGGCCAGUGACUGCAGUGAGACCUCGGAAGCCAAUAGCGAGUCCACGCAGUCCACGGCCGUUCCAUGUGGCGGCCCAGUAUGGCAGCAUCCACUUGAUCGGAAUGAACUGUGUGUGGUUGCGUUUGCAGACACCCCUGAGAUUGUGACGGGCAUGAGUGACUUGGAGGUCCAACUGGUAAAGGAUUGGCAUGUGGAGCACAAAGCUGCAGACGCAGAGGAGCUUGAGGAAAGCCCGGGGAUUGUGACAGCGAUGGCCAGUGACUCCAGCGAGAAUUCGGCCACCAAGUCGCGUCCCACCCUGCCAAUCCCCAAGCGCCAUCACCGUCCGGGUUCGAAUUUCACCGCGCCGCCAUCGUCCUCGGCCUUCAAAGACAAGGAAGAGGAUCAAGAGGAAUGGUUUUGGCCGUGGAUCCGAACGACUGCCUCCUGGUACUUCGGUUGCUGUUGACAGACGCUACGGAGACACUUUGCGACUGUAAACCUUUGACACUUUGCGACUGUAAACCUUUGAC